ACUAUUUUUCCUUGAAUAAGCUCACUCAAAGGUAUGUUUUGGCGAAAUAAAAGAGAAAUCAAUUUUUUGUGACUGUCUCCUAAUUCUCGACAUUCUGAGAUCACUCUUAAAGUUUGAACCUCGUGUCGUAAACUUCAGGGAAAAAUCGUGCUCGUAAUUUUAGAUCGCACUCGUGCUUCACGCUGAACGGAUUUUAAAAAUUACCCUAAUGAUUCUAAUAAUAUUACCGCGCCGUCAGAGCACGUAUCAGACUGAGGUUUUCAUCUCCCUUAUUAAUAGCUCACACGCCCAAUGCCGCAUUGAAAAAACAGGGGCCUUCGUGUGAGUUUCUCAACUGUUAUGUCCAUGUGAGUGCAUAAUUCGUUCAAACGAAUGAUCUCUAUCGGGGUCGAAAUCGAUUAAAACUGUCUCACGUUAACUGAACAUUCACUGUUUAUUUGUUACUGUCACAAUAUCUGUUAUUCUCUUUUUUUUUUAAUAAAUACCAAUACUGAACCGAAACAGCCACAAAGAGUCAUUUGAAAUAUCUAAGCAUAAUGACUAUGUGGGGCUAUUUGUUUCCUGUUUUGUGGAGGACACGUAUCAGACGAACCACAUUCCCAAAUAAGCACUCUUUAGUACGUGUUCGAUACUGAAAGAAACGGAACGGAGGAAUUCGAAGUUUUGAACUACUUAAGUGUGCUCAGUGAACAAGAAAUAUGCCCAAGAAUCCAUUAUAAGUCUUUUCGAAGUAAACAUUUUCAUCGUCCAGUGCUCCAUCGCACACCUGAGCGAAAGCGGCAAACUGAUUCAUUACGGCAUCGCGCUGUUUCUGUUUUUGCUAACAUCGUCAGUUAUACAAGAGUGGCGAAGAUGAUCCGACAACAUAACAAACCUGCUUCGAUCGGUGAUGAUCCAAAGGCGGGCCAAAGGCACAAACUUUAUAGUCAUCAGCGCACACGAGAUUAAACUAGCGCAGUAAAUCUCUCUUCGCAGUUGUCUUCGCCUCCAUGAUCCUCUGGAUUCCAUUGUGGGUCAUUGUUUUUUUACGGCACUUCCAUCUGGUGGAGACGAUGCCACGAAAUGUUGAGCUCCACUGUAAGUUUCUUCAUCUUUACUUCUCGAACACAAUCAACCCAUUAAUAUAGGCAGGAAUGAAUCCUAUAUUCGGAAGAAAAUUUCGUAAAAUUCUUGCAAUAGAAAACUAAAAGUUGCUGUAGUGUCUGAAGUUGAAACGCCCCCCUGUCUUUACACAAGCUGAAGAUGUCGAGACUCGUAGCAGAGAUUUACAACGAAGCUGAACGUGGAAACAAAACGCCUCAGCUCUGAUGAAGAGUGCUUUUUCUGAUGGGAACGAAAUUUAAGAAGUAAAAGAUCCGCACAGACAACCGGGAGUGUUCACACUAGGCAAGCUUCUGAUAACUGCUGAUGAGGACAAAAAUGUGAUCGAUAUCCUGCUGGAAUAUAAUUAAAGGCGUUUGUUCACACUAAAUAGUAUCUCAAACAAUUGAUAAAUAAGGAACAUAAUACACUAGCUCUUUCUUACACUGAUAAGAACUUCUUAUUCCGGGCUGAGGCGGAAGGCACGUUUUGCCGGAAGAUUGCUGAUGGAAAGUCUACUAUUUUGCACGCGAAAUUCUACAUCUCUAUCAUGCUAAAACCUGAAUGAUACGCGGAAAUGAAAAUUAAGCCUGGACGGCGCUCUACAGUGGAGCCCAAAUCUACCUAUCUGGUAAACUUACCGUUUCUAGAACAUUUGCUGGUCGGUGAAAUAGGAAUAAUUAGUAUUUAGCGGGGGUGGACUCAAGUAUUCUCUCAGAUUCUCUCUCUCUUUUUCUUAAAAAUAAAAUAAUAAAUUCUCAAAAAAUAACUGUCGCAAAACACGGUCCAAGUUUCGAAAGUACAGACUGGAAGAAAUGUUUUCAACAAUAUGCUAACGAAUAUGUAAACGUCAACGAUGACAUCUCCACUGAUGAAAGCGAAAUAAAAGGAUUAACAUGUGACGCUGAUAGCUGAAACCUAGCUAAAAAUAAAAUGAAAAGCCUUUGCUGAUGCUUUAUAGUAAACCCCAGAGCAGUGGGAUUAAUUUGAUGUUAAGCUUGGCGCCUUUGUUUUAAUGAUGCCGGACGAUUUGAGCUCACGAAGUCUAGGUUUGAUUGUUGUAGAAGUAAGCUUCCUCAUAACCUUGAACAUUUUCUCUCUGAUUGGAAACGCCUUGGUUUGUAUUUCGGUUUACAAGAAUACUCGUCUCCGAACGACAACAAACUUGUACAUUAUCGCUUUGGCCAUUAGCGAUUUGCUCUCUGCUGUGUUUGUGAUGCCCGUAAGCACGAGCGUACUGAUAGCGGGCAAUUGGAUUCUCGGUGAAACGCUUUGCCAACUUCACGCCUUCUUCAGCCUGUUUGUUAUCUACGUUUCUCCUGUUACUAUGGCCUUUACAGCAGUUAAUCGUUAUGUGAGGAUUUGCAGGUCGGACCAGCAGUACAGGAGACUGUUUUCAGGGAGAAAGCCGAGCACUUGGCUUGUCUCCGCGUGGGCUUUUGUUGCAUGUUACGCGGCGGUUCCUCGAUUGCUUGGUCUUCAGGCGUACGAAUUCGUCUCAGGCUACGCCCAGUGCUCUAUUGCACACCUCAGCGAAACUGGCAAAAUUAUUAACUACGGCAUCGUCGUUACGUUGUUCUUUUUAACACCGUUGAUAGCCACUACAUUCAGCUACACAAAAGUCGCGAAGAUGAUCCGACAGCACAAUGCCUCUGCAUUUACGACGAUUCAAAGACAAGAAAGCGCUCGGGAAAGAAGCCGUAAAUGGCGAAAAAGCAAGGGUAUCACCAAUCAUGAAAUCAAAAUCAGCAAGUCUCUAUUCGCAGUCGUCUUCGCCUUCAUGAUCUGUUGGGUACCCUUCUGGAUCAUCGUUAUUCUCCGUCGCUUUCGUCUUGUCGCAGUGAUGCCUCGAAACGUUGAGCUCUUUUGUAUGUUUCUCUUUUAUUUGUCGAAUGCAAUCAACCCCUUCAUAUAUGCUGGGAUGAAUCCCGUAUUUCGAAGAGAAUUCCGUAAGAUUCUCCUCUGUAACCACUGCCAUGAAGUUGACGUAGCUGAUGACAGAAGAGCAAGGAUGGAGGAUGUACCAGAGACUCCAAAUAUGGAAUUUUCUCAGUGCGUGCGCCGACCGAAUUUCCAUCAUGAUACUUCUUUGGUCAGUCUUUCUGUCGAAAUGAGUGAAAAUUGUGGAAAAAGGCCGAUGGAUCUUGGACUUGGGCCGUCUAUAUCACAAAGUACCUGUUGAUAGAGGCGAAUGAUCAACUGGUUUAUCUAAAAAACGUUGCGCUAGUAUUGAUCCUGCUAUUCUUGGUUUUCAUCGAUAGAAUAAAAUAUCUUUGCACGCAUGAAAAAAAUUAAGAAACAAAGUAGGUGAACAGCAGGUAUAAAGAAACAUUUUUAGAGUAAUUUUAGGCUCAGUCAGUAGCGGUCGAAAGAAAUUUUUAACCAAAACGAUUUUCAGAAAAUUACAAGACUUAGUAUGGAUCCGCCAUGUUGGUGUCCCUUUAAAGGAUCCUAACAUGGCCACUGAGGAAGUGGAUUAAGAAAUAAACUUGACAGGUAUUAUCAUUAUCAUCAUCAUCAUUAUCAUCAUCAUCAUU